AUGAAGAUUGAGAGUGGCCUCGAUGGAUGGCUACGGUACGCCGAGCUUCCCACGGAAUCUAGAAAGACAGCCCGGCAUUAUUCUGGCAUCAUUGUUCUUGACAGGGACGAGACGAGCCCCGUUUAUACAGCAGGAAAAGAGCUGCAAGAUGGUCUAAACCGCAUUCUUGGCCAGCGUGUCGAUAUUGACUUCGAAUUGCCCAGUCAAUCUUCAUCAUUGAUCGUCGUCGGUACUAUUGACUCGUUCUCUGCCGCUGGUGGGAAUAUCAAGGAAAUUCCCGCCCUCAAAGAGGAUGGCUUUUGGCUGGAUACCCACGCCGACAACAACUGUACCCACAUAAUCGGUCAGAACGAACGUGGUGCUAUCUACGGUGCUUUUGAAUACCUCAUGCGCCUGGCACAAGGGAAUUUCGGUCCUGUCGCGUCUGCAAACAACCCGAGCGCCCCUAUCCGAUGGGUGAAUCAGUGGGACAACCUGGAUGGAAGUAUCGAACGAGGUUAUGCGGGGCCGUCCAUCUUUUUCCGAGAUGGUGAAGUGGUUGAUGAUAUGACCCGCACUGCUCAGUUUGCUCGUCUCCUCUCGUCCAUUCGUGUCAAUGCUGUGGUCGUCAACAACGUGAAUGCCAACCCCAAGCUUUUCAGUGAGACAAACCUCGAUGGCCUCCAACGCAUUGCAAAUGCCAUGCGUCCGUGGGGAGUACGCAUUGGUAUCUCACUAUACUUUGACUCGCCUAAGGAAUUUGGUGGUCUACCUACUUCUGACCCAUUAGACCCUGCGGUCAACAGCUGGUGGAAGGAGAUCACAGCCAAGCUGUAUGACAAGGUUCCCGAUCUCGUCGGCUACACGAUCAAGGCCAACUCCGAGGGCCAGCCAGGACCCCUGACGUACCAACGUACCUUGGCUGACGGUGUUAACAUGUUUGCCCGAGCUUUGAAACCUCAUGGUGACGGUGUCGUCAUGUACCGUGCGUUCGUGUAUAACCACCAUCUCGACGAGUCUGUAUGGGAACACGAUCGCGCCAAUGCAGCGGUUGACUACUUCAAAGAGCUCGAUGGGGAGUUUGACGACAAUGUCAUAGUGCAGAUUAAAUGGGGCCCUAUUGAUUUCCAGGUCCGCGAGCCACCCUCUCCAUUGUUGGCCAACCUUCGCAAGACCAAAGCUGCCAUCGAGUUUCAGGUCGCGCAGGAGUAUCUCGGCCAACAGUCACAUUUCGUUUAUAUGGCUCCGCUGUGGAGAGAAGUACUCGAUUUCGACAUGAGGAUUGAUGGUAAGGCCUCUCACAUCCGCGAUAUUUUCUCUGGUGAACGUCUUGGGUGGAAUCGCAGCGGCUACACCACAGUCCAAGCGACACAACCUGGAUUGGGCAUCAUCUAUCUCUCUCUAACUUACCCAGUCUUGAUCGUUCAAGAAUGGACACGUCUCACCUUUGGCCUCGACAAAACCGUCGUCGACACCAUCACUAAGAUAUCCAUGGAGUCUUGGCCUACUUAUGAAAAUUAUAGCGGAAAUCUGGGUAUCCAGACUCUCUGCGACAUUAUCUACACCCACUAUGGUCUGAGCCCAGGCUCCCAGGAUGGUAACGGAUGGGGUCAAUGGACACGUGCCAACGCACAUUCAAUUGGCAUGGAUCGUACUGUCGCUACCGGGUCUGGUAAUUCAGGCCAAUACCCACCUGAAGUUGCCGCGAUAUACGAGAAUAUCGAAACAACUCCUGAUAAUCUUCUCCUUUGGUUCCACCAUGUGCCUUACACCCAUCGUUUGAAGUCUGGCAAAACGGUUAUCCAACAUUUUUACGACGCACACUACGAGGGUGCAGCAAAUGCGCAGAGGUUCCCAGUGGAGUGGGCAAAAUUGAAGGGCCUCAUUGACGAUCAUCGCUUUGAACAUGUGGCGUUCAAAUUGCAGUAUCAGGCCGGUCAUGCCCUUGUCUGGCGGGACAGCGUCAACUAUUUCUAUUUCGCAAAGUGUGGGAUUCCAGAUGAGAAGAAUCGCGUCGGCAACCACAAAUGGCGUAUUGAAGCCGAGGAUAUGGAGUUGUCUGGUUACAAGGUUGUUUCUGUCACACCUGCCGAAGCGGCGUCUGGGGGGAAGGCCAUCAUUACCAGAUCAAACGAUGCGCCUGGAUCUGCCCAGAAGGAACUUCUAUUCCCAUCCGGUAUAUAUGAUAUUGCUGUCAAUUACUAUGAUCAUCUGGGUGGACGGGCCAAGUACGAGAUCUUCCUUGGAGAGAAGUUGAUUGGAGCCUGGACUGGUGAUUUGGAGGACAGGCUUGGACACGAUUUCUCAGAGUAUUUGGAUGGCCACUCGGCAACUAGGGUCACUUUCUGCGGAAUAAAGAUGGAAAAGGGGGACCUCCUCAAAAUCGUUGGUCAGCCUGAUGGCAGGGAACUCGCUCCAUUAGACUAUGUUUCCGUUUUGCCCGAGGGUACCAUUGAUUGA